GCCAAUCAGCGUCGAGGCGAGAUGUAGAGGCGCGGGGUGUGGGCCAAGCAGGCAGUCACCCACCAGCUGCCGGCCUGCCACCUGUUUAACACCGCCCCGCCGUUGAAGGGUGUCUCUUCAAGCCAGGUGUUGCCAGACACGUCCACGAGAUGCAUUUCCUGGCGGCGUGGCUCGUCCCCUUCCUGCUGCUCCUCGCCCAGGUGACUCUGGCUCAGGACGAAGAGGCUACGGAAGCGGCCAAGGAUAUUAUAAUAAUCGAGCCCAUACCGAGGCCCAAGUUAUGCUGCUACGGAGACCAGACCUACACGGAGGGCGACGUGGUGCUGAGCCUACCGCGGGUGUGCCUACAGUUAGUGUGCGAGGACGGCAAGGUGGUGAGGCGCUACCUGAGCAAGCCGGGACUGAAGGAUUGCUGCGAGUUUGAUGGACAGCUGUACUUCGAGAGCGCCGAGCUGACCUCCCACUGCGUGACUCUCCAGUGCCGCGACUCCUGCUGGCACCCGACCUCCAAGAUUGCAGAAUGCUGCAGCAGGUGUACUGUGUAUGACGACCCCCACCACAUUACCUUCGACGGGCACAGAUAUGACUUCCACGGCGCCUGCAACUACACCCUGGCCCAACGUGGCUUCUUCUUCUACCCUGACGUGGGCGUGUUCAGCGAAUUCGAGGAGUGCUUCGGGCGCGCCUCCUGCCUCGCCCACACCACCUUCAAGAACGACCGCCACACCGUCAUUACUCUUUCCAACGGCGCCGUGUUUGAUGUGUUCGUCAACGGCCACCCCUUCUCCAUCUCUGAGCCCAACAAAGUGUACCACCUCACGUCACCUGAUGGCUGUCACCCUGUGCUGGCCUGGCGCUCACCCUGGGGUGUACUCUCGCCUCGCUGCCUCACCCUCUUCGGUUCCAGCAGGAUUAUGCUGAUCCACUGCCCGCACCGCCUGGACGUUAUCGCCCACGCCUCUCACACGGACGAACUGGAUGGUUUGUGCGGUCACUUCAACUACCACGUGGAUGAUGACUUCACCAGCCGCGGGGGAUUGGUGCACCCGCUCUCCUUCUUCCCGCUCGCCUUCCCCAACUCCUGGAAGACCAAUGUGCAGAGCAACUCCAGAUGCAAGGCGCCGUGUAAGGGAUGCCGCGAUGAGAAUACGACGAGUCCCUGCACCGCCUUCCAGCCCAUUAAGAGACGCUUCUUCGAGACCUGCAACACCACGCUCCACCCACACAUCCGCAACUUCCCCCACCUGCGCCACCACAUCGAGAACUGCGCCUUCGAUCUGUGUGUGUUGAGUAGCUACACUAAAACGGACUACACCGAUGACUACUGGCUCAAGGUGGUGGUGGAUAUCGCCAAGAUGUCCGUGCGUCUGUACGAGGACACUGAAGGUAAUGACAGGUAAUAAUGAUGUCCGCAACAGUGAGACGGAGGACGCCGCCAAACCCCCGCCGCAGUGAGGGACCAGCACACGUGGACUCGGCCUUGCCUGUGAUUAUUAAUUGUAUAAACUUGUAAAUAAUUCAUUGUUUUGUUAUCAACGUGAAUCUUUGUUCUAUUUUAAUAAAGUUUUCAAUGUUUACAUAAA